CGUAACGUUUUAACUUCGGUUUUCUUCUAUUCGUAUUUUGUGGCGUACGCGUAUUACUUCGUACGAGUGAAACUGGUUAUGCUUUCUGCUCUUCCAACAAAACCCAACCGUCAACUACAGAACGGGAUGGAAGGAGAGAAAUGUAUGAGAUGUGGCAAAGGGGCCCAGCUUGCUCCGUGUUACACUCGACCAGAUACGGGGGAGGUGUACCACUUCCAGUGCAUCAUGAUCAGCGUACCACUGGAGAAAAGCAUUGCUCUCGAACCAGUUACUGAUGUUGAAAGUCUGGGAGAGUUCCAACAGUUCAGUUUGGAGCACAUGAAUACACUGAGAGCCCUCCAUCACAGUCCUGGUUUUUCUUGGAGCAAACUGCUUGAGGACCACGCAAAGAAGUGGGUGGCACAUAUUCUGAAAAUAAACGAGGGUAAAGAGCCCCACGAGCUCCAACUACAGCACGAUAGUUAUCGAGGAAUGGGGGAGACUCUCUACGUGCAGUCGUGUAAUAGUACCCUGUCUACUCACGAGGCAGCUACGAGAGUAAUCAAUAACUGGUAUGAGGAGGAGGAAUUAUUUGACUACGAAGCAAAUGAGUACAGUAACAAUUACUCACACUUCUGUCAACUUAUCUGGAAGGGAUCAUGGAAAGUGGGAGUGGCGACUGGUCAGAUUGGUAACACAUUUGUAACUGUGGCUAACUACUGGCCCGCUGGGAACAUACAGUCCUGGUUUAUCGACAACGUUCUACCAAAGUAAUUUAGAAGCCUGAAAAUAUGUUAAUAGACCUUUAAAUGUACAAUAUUGGGAAUUUACUUAAUUUUAUGUCUGUUAAGUCAAGUUCUGCCAGCAAACUCUGCUGCAAACAAACUUUAUCGUCCAUACUUCACAGAAUUAUUUUCAUUGCAAAGCGGCUAUAAUAUUGGCGCUGAAGAUAUUAUUACUUUUUGUAUUUUUCUUGCAUUGGUACUGGUACUCAGAACCUCACAAUUUUGUUUUGAGUUAAGUCUGAAGAUGAACAUUGAGAUGAUACGAUUAGUUUAUAUUGAAAAAUAUAGAACUGUGAAUGUCUUAGAAUUAGAAUUAUGAUAAGUUUAAUAACAUAAAAGUUUAGCGCUAAAGCAACGCGUGAUCAGGAUAUUUUAUAUUUUAAGAAGAUCAAGCAAUGCUUUGUAGGGUUUACAAAUGGAAUGUGACAUACUAUUUGAGUAAUUUCUUGUUGCUAUUAUUUGUGGAGACACCGCGGUUCAGUUAGUAAAGUGAUGCUUUCUUUACAACGUUACAAGUUUCAACAUGGAUGUGGAUAUUCCCUGUAUUUUUGAUAAGAGACGUUCGAAAUUUUCAAAAGAUAACGCACGAGUAUGGCUUUAACGACGAGAAUGAACUAUAUAUUAUAUUCAAUUCAAGAGAACAUUUCAUUUAGUUGUCAGACGGAUUUUAUCCGCCGGCGGACGUCAGGUAAAAGUGACUCCGGCCUGAAAAUAUUUAGAAAUGUGUUUACAGUGAAUACCGAGCAUUUUUGUACGUUAUUCUCCUUCGCCACCACGCACUGUAUCCUGGCAUUUUACUGACCUUUCAUCAAUUAUAUAAACACUAUAUAUUAUAUAAGAAGUUUUUAAAUUAUUUGAAGAGAUUUAUCCAUUAUAUAGAACAGCAGCCAAUAUAUAUUUUUAACGGUUUUUUUGGAUUUGAGGCUCUUAAUCAUAAUGAUGUGCCGAGUUUACCUAUUGAAGCGUUUAACAAAGAAAUAAUGAUUAUUAUUGCUAAUAAUUCUUGACCACUGGUUGAAUGAUAAAUGAUGACUUAUUUCUACAAAAUC